GUAUGUCAAAUGUCAUAUUUUUUGACAACAAUCUCCGAAAGUGAAUAAAUUGAGACGAUUUUUGUGUUUUUCAUUAAAAAAAUAAUAAAUUAUGGCAAAUAAAAACAAAUUAAAUAGCUCGGGAGAAGCUGCAAGUAACAAACAAAAACUAAAGAAACAAAGAUCCGAUGACGCCAAAGACUAUAGUUCUUUUAAAAUCGUAUUCUUCUACUGUUCGCUGAUUGUUUUCCUGCCUGUGGUCACAUUUUUCUGCCUCAAAUCUGUGGUACUGGAUAGAUUCUUUACGUUGACCGAUUUGAAUACCAAUAUCUAUUCGGCGGUGGGUGCUGUUUUGGCUUUGCAUUUGGCAUUGGGUUUGUACAUAUACCGGGCCUAUUUCGGCGGUAAAGAUUCAACCAAGACGGAUUAAGUCUAAAAUAAAUAAUAAUGACAAAAACAAGACAUACAUAAUAAGAUGGACUGCUAGAAGUAUUGUGUUAAAAAUGAAUAAUUCCCUUUUUUAUAAUAAUUCCUUUAUAAGAUAUAAUUUUUGUUAUUGUUCUUCUGCACUGCAAUAAAUUGUGUUUCUCCUAUGUAUUUUUUUAAACAA